UCGCGGUGGAGGGACCUGUUUUGAUAGGAGCUGGUGUUUUCUUUAAGCUCAGGAUGGUUAUUCCUGCACUUGAAACGCAUGGAGUAGAGUGAACAGCUCGAAAACCGCCUGAUCAUGAGAUUCCACUGGGUUGUUUUUGCCUCACAUUUUAUUUCGCUGCCACUAACAGUGUGGUGUGAGCCAGUCAUCUCCCCCAGCGGGCCUCACAUAGUAGUUCCCCAGAGGGGGAAGCUGGAGCUGCGUUGCCAUGACAAUGCCACGACGUCUGGCACCCCGCCCAGGUUGAGGUGGCAGACGGAGAGGCCUCGCAGGCUGGAGGGAGAGGUGGAGGAGGGCGGAGCGGCUUAUGUCAAGGUGUCAGCAGUGCAGCCCUACCACAUGGGGCGUUAUGUGUGUGUCAACAACAGCACACUGGAACACAGCUCCAUCUAUGUAUAUGUGAAAGACCCGCAGAAUGCCUUCCAGCGCACCAUGGUGAACGUCAUCCUGGUGCGUGCAAGUGAGAACUGCACCAUCCCCUGUCUUGUGACCGACCCCGGGGUCACCCUCCUGGCUUUGGAGACCUGCAAUGGACAACCUUUGCCCUCUGGUAUGAGUUACCACAGCAACCUUCAGCGAGGCAUCGACAUCAUCAACGUGAAAAAGGAAUAUGAGGGCUGUUACGUAUGUGUGGGACGGCUUGGUGAAGUCAAAGUGGUGUCGAGCCAGUACACUGUGGAUGUACGACUUGUGCCAGAUGUGCCUCCAGUGGUCACGCUUUCCCAGAAAAACACAGUCAUUCUGAGGAAAGGAGAGCAGUUUGAGAUUACCUGCAGCUCCACCAAUGUCAACCCGGACUUCAGUCUCAAGUGGGAUUUCCCUUCAACAGCGGAUCCUGGUAAAUCACACACCUCACACAUCCUGUCCGGUUCCCGUGGUUAUCAACGGGCCACAACACUCUUGAUCAAAGCUGUUAACCAGUCAGACUCGGGAAUCUACCGCUGCCACGUCCACAACGAGAGAGGCACCAGUUCCACAGCGCUGCAGCUGGAUGUCCGUGAACAGGGGUUCAUAACCAUGUUAGGGAGCCUGGGUCCAGUCCAUGCUGAUGUUAAAGAGGGGGAGAGCCUGAGCCUCAGAGUAGAAUUUGAUGCCUAUCCUGCACCCAGCCCCCUGUCCUGGUCUUACAACGGCAAACAGCUCCUCAACACCACAGAGCACGUUAUCACUAUCCACCGCCACAAAUACAGAUACAUCAGUGAGCUCAGACUAGUGAGGGUUCUCAGCUCGGAGGGCGGGGUCUAUAAGUUCUCAGCCAGUCACGAGGACGCAUCUGUCGAUCAUUCAUUCCACGUGUAUGUCAGCAGUAAGCCAGUUAUCCUUGCCCAGGAGGGGCCCGUUGAUGGACAGGUGCGGUGCAUUGCUGCUGGUUACCCAGUCCCUAAAAUCAGCUGGUACUUCUGUAAGCUCCCCCACACGAGGUGCUCACACCUGCCCAAUGCCACCCAAUGGGAGACUCCGGAGGUUGCCAUGUUGACAGAGUCUACCUUUGGUAAGAGUGAGGUGGAGAGUCGUCUGAAUGUGAGCAAGGAGCAUGCACACUAUCACACCCUGGAGUGUGUGGCGAGUACGGAGGGAGAAGAGGCCUACACACUGUUCUCCAUCAGUGAACGCCUCGUCCCCCAUAAACUCUUCACUCCCCUUCUAAGUGGCAUGGUGGCCACUGGCAUCAUACUCAGCCUCAUUCUAGUGGUGCUGCUCUAUAAAUACAUGCAGAAACCAAAGUUCCAAAUCCAGUGGAAGGUCAUUGAGAGUAUCCACGGCAACAACUACAUAUAUAUUGACCCCACCCAGCUUCCAUAUGACUCCAAAUGGGAGUUUCCUCGACAGAAACUACGCUUCGGUAAAACCCUGGGCUCUGGGGCUUUUGGGAAGGUAGUGAGGGCCACAGCAUACGGACUCUGCUCUGCCGAUACUGUUACAAUUGUCGCUGUUAAGAUGCUCAAACCCAAUGCUCAUUCUACGGAGAAGGAGGCGCUGAUGUCGGAGCUGAAGGUUCUCAGCUACCUUGGAAACCACGUGAACAUUGUUAACCUGCUGGGGGCCUGCACUGUCGGAGGCCCAAUUUUGGUGAUCACAGAGUACUGUUGCUAUGGCGACCUCCUAAACUUCCUGCGCAGAAAAAGAGUGUCCUUCCUAAACUCCCAAGUUGGUGAUGGUUACUAUCGCAACAUCUCGAACCAGACAGAGCCUACCAGCAGGGAGGCGACUGGUACAGGAUAUAUGCCCAUGCGUCCCUCUGAGAAAGAAAGGUCUUCCCAGUCAGAUGAAAUAGACGAGCUGUCUCUGGACGCUGAAGAUCUCCUCAGCUUUUCCUAUCAGGUGGCCAAAGGAAUGGAGUACAUCACUUCCAAGAAUUGUAUCCACAGGGAUCUUGCAGCUAGAAACAUUCUGCUGACUCACGGCAGGGUGGCAAAGAUCUGUGACUUUGGGUUGGCACGAGACAUCACCACUGACGCCAGCUAUGUGCUCCGGGGCAAUGCUCGUCUGCCAGUCAAGUGGAUGUCUCCCGAGAGCAUUUUCGACUGUGUCUACACCUUUGAGAGUGACGUGUGGUCCUACGGCAUUCUGCUCUGGGAAAUCUUCUCUCUGGGUAAUAGCCCGUACCCUGGGAUGCAGGUGGGCUCUGCAUUUUAUAGGAUGAUUCAAGAGGGCCACAGGAUGAGCAGACCUGAGUUCGCUCCCGUCGAGAUGUACGACAUGAUGUUGUCCUGUUGGAACCAUGACCCUCUGAAAAGGCCUUCCUUCAGGAAACUGGUGGAGAGGACUGAACUGCUGCUGUCAGAAAAUACCAAGAAUGUAGGUGUACCUGAGACUGACCAAUGCUCCAAGUCAUCCAGAGCAGCAGAGGGCGCCAUCGCGGAGGCUCAGCUCAGUCUGCAGCACAACAGCCCCCACCCAGCCUUUACUGCAAAACACGGCUGAUGUCUUCCUGGACUAUGUCUGACAUAUACACACACACACAGACACACACACACACACGUAUAUAUGCACAUACACUGCUAUGAAACACACAACCCGCCCAGCUCCUUGUUCAUUCUCUCCUUUUACCGCACAAUCUGCAAGAGCCAAAUUAGCUACUAACAACACAUUCACUCAAACUAACUCUCAAACGCUGGCCUUGAUGCAUCACACACACAUAAACACACAGAUACUGUAUAUAUAUGACCCUGCACAGGGCUCUCAGUAUUGGCCUCUAUCUAAUCUCCCCAUUACCGUAUUGAUCUCUGUGGUAGGUAUUCCAGGUGCACGUCGUUUAUAUAAAGCAGACUCCAGCACUAACCGCCCAUCAGAUACAGCAUCACCCAUCAGCAGUAGGAGGGGGUUUGGCUCACAUUCAGCCUUCAAUUACAUUUUAAGAUGCUUUCAGGAAAACGGAGACUACAAGUAAGACUGAGGAGCAGAUACAUAGGGUUGUUGCUGUGAUGGGUGGAGUCCACAGUUUUUGGUGUCAGAUUUGUCUCUCUUUUUAUAGGAAUAUUUUUGGAACAUUUUGGGAAAUACACUUUAACCUCUUUCUUGCCAUGGGUUUGAUGAGAAACUGAUACCACCCUAAUAUAUGUGGUUUAAGUAAUAAGAAAUUUAGCUUAGCACAAAGACUUUUGUGGGAAUUACGUGAGGGACUAUUUCUUGGCGGGAUCAUUGAAUUACAAUAUUUCCUGCUGGUUGCCUGGCAGCCUUAUUUAACUUAUUUGCCUAUUUUUCUUUCUCUUGAGAAUUAUUACAAGUUUUCUUGUGUUGGUAUUUUGAUUAAUAGAACCAGAGUUGGUGUUACAUUUUUCUCUCUAAUUAGAUUAAAAACUAGAGAAAGGAUAGUCAUACUUGCCAACCCUCACAGUUUUCCCGGGAGACUCGCGUUUUCUUUUAACACCAAUUCCGUUUAUCAUUGGUUUCCUCCCAGGAUCACAAUUCUCCGGUAUUUCUCCUGAUUUAUGAUUUAUUUUCACACCUUUUUUCUGGCUCUGUACUGCAUGUAUAAUCCCUACAACUCUAAAAGUCCACUGUCUCCACCCAAACAACAAUAAAGCGGCUGUUCCUCUUCUGUGACUGAGAGGUGGGAGAGAGAAAGUACUAAGGGGAGUGCAAAGAGAAAAAAUUUGAUGCCACAGAUUCACACAACUUUGCGUCAGAGGAGCAAAUAAUUCUGUGUUCUUUACUGAGAAUUAAAAGCAAGCAUACAUACAACAUAAAAAUGAUGUUGCAGUAUAUUAUUUUCAUUCUUUAAAAGUCACCAGAAAGCAGGAAACAAAGUCUGUAGCUCACCUUGUUCUCGGGGAGGACCACCAGACCUGCCAGUUUCCUAUUUUAAGAUUUUAAGGUUGGCAAGUGUAAGUAUAGUGCAUGCAUCCAUUGUGCUGCUGCAUUGUUAUCUAACUUUAAUAAUAUAUAAUGAUAACAGGACAAUACUUGUCUGGCUCCCAAGAAUAAAAACACUAUAGUCAAACUGUCCCCUGUGAGGACCAGACUCCAAAAAAUAGUCUUGAACAACCCCACAUAAAACCACAAAAUGUUUUUACACUUCAGUUGUUCUACAGAUUAAAUAAACAAUCUAUUAGGUGAGCUUUAGUUAAGCUUUAUUAUUUGUCCUUUGGACGUAGUCAGGCCAGCUGUUUCCCUGUUUAUAACCUUUUUGCUGAGAUAAGCUAACUGGCUGCUUGCUCCAGCUUCAUAUUCGAUGUACAGACACGAGAGAGAUAUCAUUCUUCUCAUCUGAUUGUCGACGAGAAAGCAAGUAAAAGUCACCACAUUAACAAAUACUGAGAGGUCAGCAAGCCUAUCUUUAAACUGGUUUAACAGGCCUUGAAAAAAGAAUACGACAAUAACAACUACACCAUAGGUGGCAUGCAAGCGACAUCUGCUAAUAUAAAAAUAAAGCCAUAAGUUACAGAAAUACUGAUUGCAAUCUGUGAAUUGUAGCUUUGAAAACUGUGAUUUACAAAAGACUGACUGGUGUAUUGCUGUAUGUAUUUUAGGGUUAGCUUUAGUUUAGUCUCUUAAGCAAAGCCACUGUGUGCUCUUUUUACUUGAUUUAUGUCAAACAUGUAUGCAAUGUAAAUACAAUAGAGAUGUGCCUUUAGAUUUUUUUUUUUUUUUGAAAAUACAGAAUGCGUUUGGUUGUGACACUGGUAUUGCCGAGAGGACGGACAGAAGAGGGCUUCUGUACGCUGGUUUUGAGGAUUGUGCAGUUUUGAUACAGUUGGUUGAAUUGUUAUAAUAAAGUAUCUGCGAUGGUAGAACCAA